AUGAGUUCACCACUCCGCCCCAGCAAUUCGGCUGCAAACCGCGGCCUAGGGAACUUGGGUCGCCGCAAGAGAGACAGAGAGCCCGAUGAUGAAACCUCAUCGGUUGCCCCCCCGUCGAGUCCACCCCCUUCCUCCCCUCCUAUGCUUCCCUUCGACGACGAUGACAACGAGCGGGAUGAGGAAGCAGAGCUUCUCGGUGACAUCGACGACAUCGAUGAGAUGGCUGAAGACGAGGACGGAAUCGACCUGUUUGGUGAUACUUUCGAGAAGGAUUACCGGAGCACAGCAGACGAACAGUACAGAGGAGAAUACAUCGACGACGAUGAGGACCAUGAAGAGCUUGAUGUGGCCACUAGACGUCAGCUGGAAGCCCGCAUGAACAAGAGAGAUCGAGAACUCGAACGUCGUCGUCGCAUGCCUGCGGCUUUCUUGCAAGAUGAUGAGGACGGUGACAUAGAUCUUACCCGUCAGCCUCGUCGACGGAGACACGCCUACGACGAAGACCGGGAGGAUGUUGAGAUGGGUGACGAUGCCUUGGAAGAGCUCUCCCUGGAGGAGUUGACCGAUGUCAAGGCAUCCAACCUUACCGACUGGGUUCUGCAGCCCCAGGUUCUUCGUUCCAUCUACCGAGAAUUCAAGUCCUUCCUGACAGAGUACACCGACCCCGCCGGUGCUUCGGUUUACGGAAACAAGAUCAAGACCCUUGGUGAGGUCAACUCGGCAUCCCUCGAAGUGUCGUAUGCCCAUUUGCUCGAAACUAAGGCGGCUCUCGCGUACUUCCUGGCGAACGAGCCUACUGAAGUCCUGAAGGUCUUCGACCAGGUCGCCCUUGAUGUCACCCUUUUCCACUACCCUCAAUACCACGACAUCCACAACGAGAUCCACGUCCGCAUUACCGAUCUCCCCGUCUCCUACACUCUCCGUCAAUUGCGCCAGUCUCAUCUCAACUGUCUCAUUCGUGUCAGUGGUGUCGUUACUCGCAGAACCGGUGUCUUCCCCCAGCUCAAAUAUGUCAUGUUCGUUUGCGGGAAGUGUAACAUGCAUCUUGGCCCCUUCCAGCAGGAAGCCAGUGCGGAAGUGAAAAUCUCUUUCUGCCAGAACUGCCAGUCUAAGGGACCGUUCACUGUGCACGGCGAGAAGACCGUUUACCGGAACUACCAGAAACUGACCCUGCAAGAGUCUCCCGGCUCUGUUCCUGCUGGUCGACUACCCCGCCAGCGAGAGGUGGUUCUUCUUGCUGAUCUCAUUGACUCUGCCAAGCCAGGUGACGAGGUGGAAGUCACAGGCAUCUACCGCAACAGCUACGACGCCCAGCUCAACAACAAGAACGGCUUCCCCGUCUUCGCCACGAUCAUCGAGGCCAACCACGUUGUCAAGUCUCACGACCAGCUGGCUGGUUUCCACUUGACCGAAGAAGAUGAGCGCGAGAUCCGGGCUCUGUCCAGAGACCCCGAGAUUGUUGACAAGAUCGUUCGCUCCAUCGCCCCCAGUAUCUAUGGCCACCUGGACGUCAAGACCGCCGUUGCCCUCUCCCUCUUCGGUGGUGUCAGCAAGGAAGCCCAAGGCAAGAUGUCCAUCCGUGGAGACAUCAACGUUCUUCUGCUGGGUGACCCCGGUACUGCCAAGUCCCAGUUCCUCAAGUACACCGAAAAGACUGCCCACAGAGCUGUCUUCGCGACCGGUCAGGGUGCCAGUGCUGUCGGUUUGACCGCCAGUGUCCGUCGCGAUCCCCUCACCAGCGAAUGGACCCUGGAGGGAGGAGCUCUUGUGCUCGCAGACCGCGGAACCUGUCUCAUCGAUGAGUUCGACAAGAUGAACGACCAAGAUCGUACCUCCAUCCACGAAGCCAUGGAACAACAAACCAUUUCCAUCUCCAAGGCCGGUAUUGUCACCACUCUGCAAGCCCGCUGCGCCGUCGUCGCCGCCGCCAACCCCAUCGGUGGCCGGUACAACAGCACCGCCCCCUUCUCCCAGAACGUCCAACUCACCGAACCCAUUCUCUCCCGUUUCGAUAUCCUCUGCGUUGUCCGCGAUCUGGUUGACCCCAGCGAAGACGAGCGUCUCGCCAACUUCGUCGUGGAAUCCCACCACCGCGCUAACCCGGCCCGUCCCCUGCGCGACCAAGACGGCAGCCUCAUCAACGCCGACGGCCAACUCAUCGACGAAGAAGGCUACCGCAUCGACAAGACGAAGCAACGCCUCCCCCUCACCGACGAGGAAUUCGCCGCCCGCGAGGCCGAGAAGCAGAAGCGCGAAGAAGAAAAAGAAGGCGAAAUCCCCCAGGAGCUCCUCCGCAAAUACAUCCUCUACGCCCGUGAACGCUGCCACCCGAAACUCUACCAGAUCGACCAGGACAAGAUCGCCCGGCUGUUCGCGGACAUGAGACGCGAGUCUCUCGCCACAGGCGCUUAUCCCAUCACCGUCCGUCACCUCGAAGCCAUCAUGCGUAUCGCCGAAUCCUUCUGCAAGAUGCGUCUAUCAGAGUACUGCUCGUCGCAGGACAUCGACCGUGCCAUCGCCGUCACCGUCGACUCCUUCAUCGGUAGCCAGAAAGUCAGCUGUAAGAAGGCUUUGUCUCGGGCGUUUGCCAAAUACACCCUCUCCCGCCCCAAACCCCAAUCCAACCGGAGAGCAGGCAUCCCCGCCCCGGACCCGUACAGAUCGCGCGCACAGCAGUCUACUCGGGCGCGGUAGACGACUACUUACCUACUACCUCCUCCCCUAUCUAUCUAUCUAUCUACCCACCCACCCACUCACCAACCCACUGUCUAAGAUUCCUACUGUGCAGAAUUUCCAUAGCGGUUCCUUUUCUUUUCUUUUCUUUUUCUUUUUUUUUCAAUCUCAUGGGAUAAUAACAAUAACUUGAUGUGAUGUGUUCAUGUGGUGCGUGCAGGUUUCAAUUCAUCUCAUGUAUGGGAGGGAGUUAGGCGGUGUUUUCUUCUGUCAUCCUUUUCUUUUCCUUAUUUAACGUCUGCCCUGAUAUCUGUCCAUGUAUGCAUGCAUGCAUGCAUGGUCAGCUGGGAAUGAAUGAUUUGAUUUUAUUUGAUUCUCCUUUUUUUUUUUUCUUUCGGGGUUUGGAAAUGGAUAGGAAAUGGAAAUGGAAUAAACACAUGGAACGUGAACGUGAAUGUGAAUGUGAAUCUGUCCGUCCUAUCAUGUC